AUGGCUGCCAUUGAUACGACAGAAGAUCCUAUUGGGAUCCUCCGAGAACAGGCAGUGUGCACCAUCUGCCUCAAUUACUUCACAGACCCAGUGUCUAUUGGCUGUGGGCAUAACUUUUGCCGACCAUGCAUUAAAGAAUUGUGGGGAGGGGAGGAUGAGCUGGACACGGAUGACGGGGUGAAGGAGGAAAACAUAGAUGAGAGCAGAGAGAAGGAUAACGGAGUGGAAGAGGAGGAAAAAAGAGGGGAGUACAGGGAGGAGGAAGUAGUGGAGCCUGUGUGGAAUGAUGAGGGUUGGAACAACUCUAAACAAGAAGAGUACCGUGAACGAGACUGGGAAGAGCAGAAAGAACGUGAAUCCUGUAAUCCUGUCAGUCAUGGGUGCCACUCAGGCUAUGCGAGGGAUGAGGAGGGUGAGGACAAUCAAGGCGAUUCUAUGGGGGGCACGGAGAAUAACCUAAGGGUAGAAAAUAAAAAGGAUGAAGAAGUGCAGGAGGAAGACAAGCAACGAGAGUUAGACCCCAACCAUCCUGUGUCCCCAUUUGCAGCAUCUAUGAAGUGCUAUACCUGUCCUCAAUGCCAAAAGAGCGUUUCUCGGCGGACCUUCCGCCCCAAUCUGCAGCUAGCCAACAUGGUUCUGGUGAUUCGGCACAUGUACCCAAUGUCUGGUGUUGAGAUUCCUGUAAGCGAGUAUGGCAUCUGUCCCAAACACCAAAAAGUCCUUAAGCUCUUCUGCCAGGUAGAUGAAGAGCCCAUCUGUGUGCCAUGCCAGGAAUCUGAAAGUCACAAACAUCACAGCGUGGUUCCAUUGGAUGAGGUGGUGCAAGAGUACAAGGAUAAGUUACAGGGGCAAUUGGAACCACUGAGAAAUUGCCUAGAGCGCGUACAAAACAUGAAGGCUAGGGAGGAGAAGCGAAUUACAGAGCUACAGAAGCGGAUGGAGUCAGAGCUGACAUCUGUGGCCUUAAUAUUUGUACAGCUGACCGAUUUUCUGCUCAAGGAGCAAGCACAGCUGGAUCAGGGUCUCCGACAUAUUAAUGAAACCCAAAUGAUGCAGGUGACAUCAGCGGCCAGUGACCUCUCAGUGCGGGCUACUCAGCUAAGCCACUUGCUGGCCCAGGCUGAGGAGCAGAGUUGUAAUAUGGAUUUACAGACGCUCAAUCGCAUCAAAAUGACUUUGAAUAAGUGUAUAGGGGUAAGGCAGGAACCCUUCAUUCCUAGCUGGUCCUGCUUCAUAUACCAACCCCAAAUCUGUGAAAACCUGAAAGCUGCCAUGGUGAGGAAGAUGAAGCAAGUAUUCUGUACAUUUGUGAAAGAGGACCUGACACUGGAUCCUGACACAGCUCAUCCAAACCUGAUACUGUCUACUGACUGUAGAAUGGUCCACCUGCCCGGGCAGCAGCUGGAAUAUGAGUUCUAUCCCAAAAGAUCCUUUAGUGAUUAUUACGUGCUGGCAUCCCAGGGCUUCUGCUCUGGCCGGCAUUACUGGGAGGUGGAAGUGAGUGGACCAAUUGGCUGGGCAUUAGGUGUUGCAGAUGAAUCAUUCUUUCAUAAGCAAAAGGUGCGCUCAAGAGGGUCCAUUUUGGAUGGCAACAAUUUCAGACCCUCAGGCUGUAAUCAUCUCAGCCAGCCUCAGCUGCCCCGGGGGCAAAGCUCCCCCGGAAAAGUAUGGUGUAUGAUCAGCCAACCGAAAUCACCGGAGGAGAUAAUUCCAAGCUUAGAUAAUAUAGAGCGACGUUUAGGCGUGUAUCUGGACUACGAGGCCGGGCACAUGGAAUUCUACGUUUUGCACAAUCUAACCCGUAUCCGCAGAUUCACAGUUACCUUCCUAGGUGAGCGCGUCUUUCCUUUCUUCCGGCUGUUCCGCAAGGGCACCAACAUGAAGAUAUGCCCUUGA